CGAUCCCCACUGUAUCUCAGCCCCUUUUCUCCCUCCCACGUCCCUCCCACGCAUGCACAUUCAACCCCCCACUCCAUCUCUCCAUCCCUCCAUUCCUCCCUCCAGUUCUCCAUCCCUCCCUACCUCCCUCCCUCUCUCAAUCGCUCCCACCUCACUCCUUUCUACUCUCUUUUCUACAACAAACAUGGCCGCGAAGUCGGACGGCGCUGCCGUGCCGUUACAGAACGACAUCCCGCCGUUGUGCGUGCGCAGUCCCGGGCUGAGCUCGCCGCGCGGCCGCUACUCUCUGCUGGACUGCUGCUGGACGCUCGGCGCUCUCCUCGUGUUUUUCUCGGACGGGGCCUCCGACCUGUGGCUGGCCGCCGACUACUACCUACGGCAGGACUACCGCUGGUUCGCGCUCACGCUCGUCUUCGUGGUCGUGCCGUCUGUGGUGGUGCAGGUGCUUAGCUUCCGCUGGUUCGCGUAUGACUUCUCGGAGUCGAGCAGCGCCGGUUCCGCCGCGGCAGCCGUCGUGGCAGCGUCCGGAGCUCAGAGGCGCUUCAGCACCGCGGAGAGCGGCGCCCGGACCCGCUGCUGCAGAGCCUGCGCCUGGCUCUUCCAAAGCAUCGUGCACAUCCUCCAGCUAGCUCAGGUCUGGAGGUACAUCCAUGCCCUGUAUCUGGGAGCGCAGAGCCGAUGGCGGGGGGACAGAGGACACAGACACUUUUACUGGCGCCUGAUGUUCGAGAGUGCGGACAUCAGCAUGCUACGGCUGCUGGAGACCUUCCUGAAGAGCGCUCCUCAACUUGUCCUGCAGCUCAGCAUCAUGGUCCAGGCCAUGCAGGUCCUCCCUUUACAAGGCCUGUCUGCUUCUGCCUCACUGGUGUCUCUUGCCUGGAUGAUGGCGUCCUACCAAAAGGCUCUGCGGGACUCCCGUGAUGACAAGCUGCCCAUGUCUUACAAAGCAGCAGUUGUGCAGAUGCUUUGGCACUUGUUCAUGGUUGGGGCACGUGCUAUGGCGUUUGCGCUGUUCGCCUCAAUCUUCCAACUCUACUUUGGGAUCUUCAUCGUAGCCCACUGGUGUGCCAUGACGUUUUGGAUCAUCCAAGGUGAGACUGACUUCUGCAUGUCCAAGUGGGAGGAGAUCAUUUACAACAUGAUGGUGGGCAUCGUGUAUGUGUUCUGCUGGUUCAGUGUGCGAGAGGGACCCACACGUUGCCGCCUGCUUCUCUACAGCUUUAUAGUACUGGCUGAGAACGUGGCCCUCACUGCUGCUUGGUACUUGUACCGUGGCCCACGCAUCUCUGACUUCUAUGCUGUGGUGGUGGUGUGCGUGGUGGCCUGUAGCUACGCCCUGGGUACCUUCUUUAUGUUUGUGUACUACUGCCUGCUGCACCCAGAUGGCCCUGUGACGGUUGCCCAUCUAGGAUGUUGCACAGUGGAGGGGGGUGCUGUGUCAGAAGCUUGUCUCUCAACAGCGACCUCUGCUCCUCCUCCAGAUAUGGUGAGCAGCCCACCCAGGACGUUGCAGAGGACUAAAGGAGGAGGAGAGCAAGAAGCAGCAGGUGAGGGGGCGGACGUCUUUCAGGUGCGCCCCCCUGCUGGUUUAAGGACUCCUGCACCCCGCCCCACCCCAAAGACAGAAGGGCCCGUUAUUCGAAUUGACCUGCCCAGGAAGCAGUACCCUGCCUGGGAUGCUCACUUCAUUGAUCGUAGGCUGCGCAAGACCAUCUUGGUCCUAGAGGGUGCAGCACCAGGCACACCCAGGAUCCAGUACCGCUGUUUGGGCACACCAAAGGAGGUGAUGGAGUAUGAAACGACAGUGUGA